UUUAGCGGACCUGUGCGUAUACAAACUAGUUCCGGGGGACAAGAACUUAGCGGCUAGCGUUAGCUGAAAUACAAUCUCCGCCACGGAUCCAACUGCACGGUGAAUUAACAGAAAUCCCGGAAAAAGAUGGAUGGUGAGGAGAGAACCUAUGGUGGCUGUGAAGGGCCAGAUGCCAUGUAUGUGAAGUUGAUUUCUUCAGAUGGCCAUGAAUUCAUCGUUAAAAGAGAACACGCUUUGACAUCUGGGACUAUCAAAGCCAUGCUAAGUGGUCCAGGACAAUUCGCUGAGAACGAAACCAAUGAAGUGAACUUCAGGGAGAUUCCAUCUCAUGUCCUGUCGAAGGUCUGCAUGUAUUUCACCUACAAGGUCCGUUACACCAACAGCUCCACAGAAAUACCAGAAUUCCCCAUCGCUCCGGAGAUUGCACUGGAACUGCUUAUGGCUGCAAACUUUUUGGAUUGCUAAAGUUACAAAUAUAAUGUGAACACUUAAAACUUUUUUUUUCUUUUUUUUUGUGUUUGAAUAUUUAACUUGUUUGCUGUUUACUUCAUAUGACAAAGUUUUUUGUUGUUUUUUUCCUCCCCUUUUUUUCUGUCCUGUCAUUUCCUCGAUAUUAAGAGAAGUCAUUUAAAAAUGACAGGCCAAGAAUGGCGUGAUUGCACCCUCUUCUAUAAAUAUCUUUCCGCAGCUCUCCACCCUAUUAAAGACCUGUUUGGUGAGCACUUUGUGUGCAGUUUUUUAUUCCACAUGAUCAAAAUAUCACUGAUAAUAAACAUGUUUAAUACAAUUCAGUUAACUGAAGGGCAACUAAUAGUGCACCCUUUGAUGAAUUCUGUUUUACAUAUUAGGACACGAGUGCAACAAUGCACAACUGAGAAUGAAGUAAAUGUAAGAUGAAAACAAAAAAUGAUGUCUUGCAGAACUUUUUAUUCAACAAUAAAUACAAAACCAAUAUCUAUCAACUACAUUCAUACUGUAUUGAAAGGAUUAGGAGAGUAGGGAACUACUAUGGAGCAUUCAGAUGCACCAAAUGUUUAGGUGCCAAUGUUUUUAGUACCUCUGAAAAUAAGAAUAGUUUUUUUUGUAAAAGGGAAAACCCAGUGUGUUUCAAAAGCUAUUGAAACUGUCA